AUGGAGCAAACCACACUCUACACAGAGCACGCUCCUAAGCAAGUGGACACGACCAAGGAGAGACUUGCCCAAGCUGAUGAAGGAACCCAAGCGUUGACAGCUGAUGCGCGGAAGGCGCAGUACGACGCAGACCAGUUGGCUUUGGCUAGGGACCUUGCCCAAAUCGGCACUCUAUACCGGGAGGUAGCCAAAACAGAGAAUGCUAUUCGCACAGAGCGGAUCACACAUCUCAGAGGCCAAAACUGCAUAGGGGCUGCUUUGGUUUCGGACUACAUGCACAACAACAUGUCGGUCCACGCUGGCCCAUGCAAGGAGCAGAUCUCACUUGUUGAGCGGUUCUUGGCGCGAUUCCAUCAUUGCCCGGUGGUGGUUUGGUGCGACCUCAUGAAGUGUGGGCGGCUGACUGGGAGCGAAGUUCAUGACUUCUGCGAGACGUUGUCGACAAUCAUCAAGAAGAAUCCGGCCAAGACUGCGGCCAUUGUAGUGGCUCCUUUUCUCAUCUCGGAGAAGGUUGCUGGCUACAGAGGCGAACUGAGAACGUCACCCUAUGUUUGGAUUCGGCGCUGCAGGAGGUGGGAAGAUAAGUUUGAUGCCAAGGGGUUCAAGCUUGCUGGAGGGAAUGUUUUUGACAGCUGCCAGUUGGUCCAAGACAGGUCCCUCAGCGAUGUCCAAGAGGCAGCUCAACUCCUUGCAGGGGAAGCGCUGCCGGUCAGUUUGCUGUCGUCCCUUUUCGCAAAGUCCAAGAUUGAUUCGGACACCUGUGUGUUGAUCAACUUGACAGCAUAUGACACCCUGACCAAACACUUGACCACCGCGGAGUACGUCGAAAAGGUUUUGGCUUUGGAGUUGAUGGAGGACUGGCUCCCCAAUGUCAGCCAGGAGUGGAAAGCCGGCAACCACAAGACCCUGGGCCAGGUGCGUGCUUACGAGCCCAGACCGCCGCCGUCAACAGGAAAGGAUGUAGACCCGGCCAAAUUCCCUUUACGUUUGGUGCGGCUAGACUAUGACUCGAACCCAUCGGCCAAAGGAUGGCAAAAGUUUAGAAUCAGCAUUCCACCUGCAAUACGUGCCCGGCAUAUUGAAGACCCUGUAUUCGGUGAAGAGUGGAAAUCUUUGCUGAAGGACUUCGACUCAAAGUAUGGUGCCCAAUCUCAGGAGGAUGCAAAGGCGGCCAUGGCCCUGGCAGCCAAGAAGGAAGAGGACGAUGCCAAGGUCCGUGUGGAACCGUGGACCGGGGAACCGGAGAGCAUGGAGCAACUUAUGGAGCGCUACGUCAUUGAAGCAAAAUUUGAUCCUGCCUCUGAUUCGGAUGCCACGAAGUCCAAGAAGGAUCAAGUUCAACCAAAAGAUCAAAGUCAAGUUCUGCCUCAGCCCAAAGCUUUGGAGGAGACAAAGCUGAAACUGAACUUUCCAUCAGAGACUGGUCGUCCGACUGCUGGCACCAAUGCCAAAGAGUCCGAUGAGAACACAGCAAAAGAGGCUGUCAAACCUUCUGAGUCAAAGGAGGAACCUGUCCCGUUGACAGUGGGUCAAUGCUCUGGGAAAACAGACCCAGCGAUGUCAGAGGAAAGAAUCAAGGAACUUCAAGCUGGUGUCAGUGCAGCGAAAACCUGUCAAAAGUCAGAGGCAAAAGAAGAAAAAGCCGCUGCCAAAAAUGCCAAAGAUCAGAAGAAGAUGACUGCAUCAAAAGCAAAGGCAAAGAAUGGAAAGGGUGCAAAGAAGAGAAAGGUACAGGAGGAGGAUGAAGAAUCCAACCCUUUGGAUUCAGAAGAGUCUUUGACCGAUGAGUAUGAAGACCUUCCAAGUGAUGAUGAAGCUUCAAAGGAUGGAAAAGAAGCUGCUGCUGAAUCGAAGGAGAAGGGAGGAAAGCCCGACAAGGAAGAUGGUGCUCGUGGUCCUGCGGGUGGACGCCGCAGAAAAAAGAAUGAAAAGGAACCUGGUUCAAGUUCAACUCCUGAAGGAUCAACGAUCGGUGCGGAAUCCAAACGCAAGCUCGCAGUUGCGGCUGCCCUGGGGAAGGUUGAGAAGGCUGAAGGCAAAAGUCAGGUGACGGGAAAAACUAAUGAGUCCAAGAACAAAAGCCAGGAAGAGAAGAAAGACACAAAGAGGAAAACAAAGACCGAUGAGAAGGUUGAGCGUGGCCUCAAGACAGUUGAGGAAACAGAGAUUGAGGAGAAGACUGAGGAGAAGACCGAGAAAGGCAAGGCGAAAAGGAAGAUGGAAGACAAAGACAAGACUGAGAUUGAGGAGAAGGGCGACAAGGGUCGUGGGAUGAAGACUGUUUCUGAGGUGACCCAAGAAGAGAACAUGAAGAAAGGAAAAGAGAGGAAGCCAACAAAUCAAUCAAACAAGAAAGAUGGCAAGGUUGAGCAUGACCACAAGCCAGCUGAGAAAAAGAAGAUUGAGGAGAAUACCCAGAACGGCAAGGCGAAGGAGAAGAUGGCAAACAAUGACAAGACUGAUUUGUUCGGCUCUGAGAUCGAGGAGGCAGAUGGCAAGGGCGAGGCCAAGAAACAGGCAACAAAGCAAGAAGAGAAGGUCGACAACAAAGAGAAGAAGGCAGAGCAGAGGAAGGAGCCUGAACAGGCAAAGAGAAGCGUCCAGGGUGAAUUCAACAAGAACAAGCGGAGGAAAGUGGCUGAAGAUGGCCACGCUGACAAGGAGAACAACGAGAGCAAGGAGAAGAGGGCGAAAGGGAAGAGAUCAACUCAUUCAAGCCAUGUGGGACACCAAUCAGAGGGAUACUAUUCACCUGUUUCUCACCCUAUAUGGCAACAUAGAAACAAAUUGAAUCUAAUUGGAUAUCAUAGGGCUUCAUAG